AUCCAUGGAGAGGGACUCAGCAAAUGAAUGGGAAGGUGACAGGUGAGAUUCCAGGUCUCUCUGCUGUCUCUGGUUGAGGACUGUCUCCUGCAGCUCUGUCAAGCCAGACACAGUGUCUGGCACAUGGCUGCCCAGAAAAACAUUUGCUGAACUCGGCUGACUCUACCUAUGGACGUCUGUAAUCAGUCGGGGAAGGUGUCUUAGCCAUGUUUGUGGCUGAGCUGUCUUCUGGGGGUUUCCUCAGGGCUUUACAGUCACUGGCUCUCAGGAGCGCAUUUGUAGUCAUUCUCAUCAGUGGAAAUGCCCACCUGCCAGCAGAAGUUAUCUGGAACCAGCGAGAACACUGCCCCUGUCUGUGGUGUUAUUUCUCUCUAGUCAGUUCCCCUUUCUGCAUCUGAGAUCUGGCCUCAGCCCUGACGUUACUUCUUUCUCUACAAGGAGUGUUAGGAGGUAUGGGGAGCUCACAAAGGCUCCUCUUCAUUUAUUCUUAAGACCUUGCUUCUGAGUUCCUUGGGAAUGCCACUGGGCUUAUACCUCUGGUCUCUGGGAGCUGCAGUGGAUGGGCAUUUGUGACAGCACCAUGGGACUGAGAAACAUCUUCGUGGUGAUGGCCUUCCUACUCUCUGGUGCUGCUUCCUUGAAAAGUCAGGCAUAUUUCAACGAGACUGGAGACCUGCCAUGCCACUUUACAAACUCUCAAAACCUGAGCCUGGACGAGCUGGUGAUAUUUUGGCAGGACCAGGAUAAGCUGGUUCUCUAUGAGCUCUACAGAGGCCAAGAGAAGCCUCACAAUGUUGAUCCCAGGUACAUGGGCCGCACAAGCUUUGACCUGGACAAUUGGACCCUGCGACUCCACAACGUUCAGAUCAAGGACAAGGGCUCAUAUCAAUGCUUCAUCCAUCAUAAAGGGCCCACAGGACUGGUUCCCAUCUACCAUAUGAGUUCUGACCUGUCAGUGCUUGCUAACUUCAGUCAACCAGAAAUAAGUCUAAUUUCUAAUCAAACAGAAAAUUCUAACAUCAUAAAUUUGAACUGCUCAUCUACACAAGGCUAUCCAGAACCUCAAAAGAUGUAUAUUUUGCUAAAAACUAAGAAUUCAACCACCGAGUAUGAUGCUGUUAUGAAGAAAUCUCAAAAUAACAUCACAGAACUGUACAGUGUUUCUAUCAGCAUGUCUUUCUCCAUCCCUCCUGAAACAAAUGUGAGCAUCUUCUGUGUCCUGCAGCUUGAGCCAACGAAGACACUUUUCUCCCUACCUUACAAUAUAGAAAUCAUCAGAGUGGAGGAAAGAGAGAGUGAACAGACUGAGGAAAGAGUAGAAUUCCACGAACCUGAGAGAUCUGAUGAAGCCCAGGGUGAUGUUAACAUUUCGAAGACAGCCGCAGGCAACAAAAAUGCUACACAUUUUUAAUUAAAGAGUAAAGCCCAUAUGACUCCGUUUUUCACAUGCUUUCCUUUUCAAGUUUUGACUGACCUUUUUCUUGUCUCUCUAAACCUUCCCAGAAGGCAAGAAAAUAUUACUAUUAAUAAUAGCAGGGGCUGCAGGACUCCCUCUAAGUGAAACAGCCUCCCUGCCUAUGCCAGGAGCAGAUUUUAACUGUUUCCUUUCGUUUCAGAGCACACUUACAGGCCAGGCCCACCUAAAUGAUUCCUGGCUCAGGAAUCAUGUGUAAGAUUCUCACUUUCUGUUUCAGAUUUAGUCUCCUUUCCUAAUUGUGUAAAUUAUGUUUUGUGUAGAGCUCCCAGUUCCUGGAAUGGUGGCUUUUCUCUAAAUUCUCAGGCAGUGCCUCAUUCCAUCUUGGACACCUGUGACUGAACAACUACCUCUUCAGUCUGGGUGGGAGUUUCGUGUUUUAUGGCCUCAGAGUGUUAAUAUUAAUAUUCUGAAAUAUAAACAAAUGUGUACUGUAAUAAUGUGCUUAACAGGAAAGUCCAGCCUCUGCUAAGGAGUUCUUGUCCCUCUGUGAGGGUAGUAAGGAAAGUGGGGGCCCAGUGUGCUAACAACAAUGAGCAAACCAACUCAAAACCUGGGAAAUUAGGAGAGACGGAGAAGGAACCAGUUCUGUAGCCAUUCCUAUCUGGGCUAUUGCUAACAGUGAGGAGGAUCCACCUGCCCAGGAAGCUACUGCUAAGCCUUAGCAAAGAGCACUGGAUAAAGCACGAAAGUGCUGUGCAUCAUAAACCCUGCUUCUCUUCUCGGAACGAAAUGACUGAUGUCAUGGCCUGGGACAACUGUGCAAGAGCCAACAGAGAGACCUCAAUACUCAAAAGGGGAAAAACAAUGAAAGAUCUUGACCAAUAGAGAUAUGCAUGAAUGUUUCGUCUGUUCAGUCCUUUGACAAGACUUGGGACAAGCAACAGAUGGACAGUCUGUCCAAAUGGACAUAAGGCCGACAGCAGUUUCCCUGGAGGUUGGUGAGGAGGUUUGAUGGUAGCCAAGUUGUUGUGAUGUUUCACCUGGCUGGAAGCAGAGCUGGGGAGGGGAGAGCUAUCAUCUUAAUAAUGGGGUGAAUGCAAGGAGGCUUAGGACUCUUUCAACAAAUGGCUGAGAGAGAAGGAGCUGGAGUGGAAUUAGGAGAACCAGGAUGCAAAUCACCCAGAGACUGGCUCAGCCCACAGAUGUCCUAAGGAGAUCUUAGGACAUUUGCCAGAAGAGGGCCAGCAAACUUGAGUCUGAGGACAGUCUAUGUGAUGUCCUCACUGGCAGGAAAACUGGGUGCAGGAGAGGAAUAUAGUAGCUCAGUAGAAAUGAGGUAGGAGACCCUGGCUCUAAGCAGCAUCAAGGGACAGAGCAGCCUCAGUCCAAACCUAAAGAGAACUUUGGAAAGCCCAAGCUACAGAAAUAGCAGUUCUUCUUACUCGACAUAAAGGACCCUAAAGGGUUGUAGACGGCUGUGCUGGCCAUGCUUGUACUUGUAAUAUUACCGUUCGUGUGCUCUGCCCUGCCCUUGUCUUUUGUUAGUCUCUAAGCAUCUUGCUGUUUCCUAACAUGUUUUGUACAGAGCUAUUACCAAUAAAUUUCUAUUAACUUGAUGUAAAAGUCUACAUUUUCUUCUUCUAUUUCAACAGGACUUACAGUCUGAUAUUACUCCCUCUGUCCUCCUUAUGGACAUCCUUCCUCUUAACAUCUCCAAGGUAACCCCACUCUCCAGUCACCGGGCUAAAAACUUCUGACUCAUCCCAAACCCUCUCCUCUUCUCCUUCUCCUAACCACUGUGUAAGAAAGGUGGUCUUUUGUGAAUCUAUAUGUGUAUCUUGGUAAUGAGACAUAUGUCAGGUAAGAGAGAUUGUUUCUGAGGACAACCGGGAAAUCUGGAGUUAAGGAAGGGAUACUUGCUUUUCAGUUUGUAAUGUUUUAUACUAUGCAAUGUGUGCUCAUUAUGUACAUUAAACAAAAGCUUAGUAUAAAAAUUCCUUGAAAAUACUUUGGUUAUAAAAUAAAUGCAUGUAAUUGUAUUGUAUAUUUAAAUGUUGCUAAGAGAGUACAUCUUGAAAGUUCUCAUCACAGGAAAAAAAUUUGUAACUAUCGUGUGGUGAUGGAUGUUAACCUAUCGUUUCAUAAUAUAUACUAUAUCAAAUCAUGUUGUACACCUACAAAUACUACAAUGUCAUGUCAGUUAUAACUCAAAAAUAAAUAAAUACAUACAUACAUAUAAA